CCCCGCCUCGCACGUGUUUGUCUCUCCUCCCUCGACCGCGAAUAUUCCCCCGGCUUCAAUUUAGCAAUCCUACCUCUUCCCUGAAUGAAGUGCUUCUCCAACUUGGGCUCCUUCUGCCGGCGCGCCAGGGCCCCGUCGACGCCGCCGAUGGAAGCCGGCGAUCCCCUCACGCCGCCCUCCGCGACCGGAUCCCGGCGCAGGCGCCGGUUGUCAGGCUGCAAGUCGAAGUCGGGCACCAGCACGCAUUGGCGUCCUGGGCUGACGGCCAUUUCUGAAGAUGUCGUCUCUCCGGCUGACGAGAAAAGGACCAAUUGGUUGAGGAAGAAACCGGCAAGCAAGAAGCAGUCGUUCGAUAAGUCUCACAGUUUCAGCCACCCAGAUGAGUACUACAGCAGGUCGAACUCGAUGUCGAUGGUCAUGCCAACAUUCUCACCGACGCCGUUCAUGUUUUGAGAUGGCCGGUUCACUCGCUGAUAUGGUUCGAAAGAUCGGUCGGUCUACCUCUGCAGUCUGCAUCGCUCUAUUCAUCCAUGAAUUGUAUAGCGGCUCUAGAGCGGUGGAUGAAUAGAAUCGGAUGCCUGAAUUUGUAAAUUCCUAUAGCAAUCUUAAGUUUGGAAGAGCUUGUCCGUAAGGAUUUGUCGGUGCUUGUAAUAUAUUACUAUCGGAAAUCUACUAAAAUUGAAAUAUUGCUUGCAUUUUGGUUGAA